AUGGCUGGAAAGUGGGCGCCUCUCGAAAGCAAUCCUGAAGUCCUUACAAAGGCACACACUACCCAUCCCAUCCCAUUACUUUGGGCUGCCCGCGUUGGACUCGCCACAAAGCGCACAGCGUUUUCCGAUGUCUACGGACUCGACGACGAGUUGCUCGCCAUGGUUCCAAACCAACCUGUCGAGGCCGUCCUGCUAGUCUUUCCCCUCACAGACGAAAUCGACAAGCAGCGCAAGCAGACUGACAAAGACGUCGAAGCAAACGGCCAACCGUCGCUGGACCCAACCAUCUACUUCAUCAAACAGACAAUUUCAAAUGCGUGCGGCACCAUCGCCCUCUUACACUCGAUUUAUAACACGAACGUGACCAUUAAACCGGGGACACCUCUACAGAAAUUUCAACUCGCCACCAUCGAGCAAACACCCGAAGAGCGUGCCAAAUUACUCGAGACUACAGAUCUCUUCGCCGCCGCCCAUGCAGAGGCUGCCAGUGGAGGCCAGAGCUCCCUCCCGCCUAAUCUCGACACGCGGGAGCAUUUCGUCGCAUUCGUACAGGCUCCCGAUCCAAACGAGGACGGCAAGCAUCGUUUAAUCGAGCUUGACGGUCGUCGCAAUGGUCCACUCGACCUCGGCCCAUCUGAAGACUUGCUCAAGGACGCUGCAAAGGUGAUCAAAGAGCUUUACAUCGGCAACAGUGGCCUGGAAACGUUUUCGAUGAUCACAAUGGGCCCUGCUUGGGAGUAG